AAACGCCACACACAAAACACUCACAAUUCAACCCGGCCCUCUCCCUCUCCUCCAAACGCACCCUCCGCCCCAUUGUGCCCCCCCUUGUCGUCGCACUCCAAGACUUCCCGUCGACGGGAGCUCGCCGGAAUCUUCACUGGCGGCGAUAUUAUCGCCGGAAAGUUCUUUACGGAUUCCGCACACUCAGUUUGUCCCCGACUAUGUUAUCGUCCGUGGAGAAUCUGUAAUUGCAUUUACACUUGAAGUUCCUCCGCUGGAGAUUUGGGGGAAGAGCGAGGAACUGAGAGAUGUACGUUGUUCCACCUCCGAAAGGGGCCGAUCCACUGUCUGGAUCCACCAACGGGUCGGACGAUUUGCGGAUUUACCAAACUUGGAAGGGAAGCAAUAGAUUUUUUCUUCAAGGAAGGUUUAUAUUUGGACCGGAUGCAAGAUCACUAGUGCUGACCAUUUUCCUUAUAGUAGCUCCUGUUGCAGUUUUCUGUGUCUUUGUUGGUAGAAAGCUGUCAGAUGAUUUUCCAGAUGACUGGGGAAUCUCAAUUAUGGUUGUGGCAGUGGUGUUCACUUUUUAUCCAUAUGGGAAAUCAGAUUUUGAUGGAAAUGCUGCCGAAGGCGGUGGACAAACCCCACAGUUACGUCUACCACGUAUCAAAGAAGUUGAGGUUAAUGGUGCUACCGUGAAGGUUAAAUAUUGUGAUACCUGUAUGCUCUACCGACCUCCACGAUGUUCUCAUUGUUCAAUAUGCAACAACUGCGUUGAAAGAUUUGACCACCACUGCCCUUGGGUCGGGCAGUGUAUUGGGCUGAGAAACUACCGGUUCUUUUUCAUGUUUGUCUUCUCUACCACGCUUCUGUGUAUAUAUGUGUUUGGUUUCUGUUGGGUCUACAUUAGAAGGAUAAUGGGUGCUGAAGAAACCACAAUUUGGAAGGCAAUGAUCAAGACUCCAGCUUCUAUUGUCCUAAUUGCUUACACCUUUAUUGCAGUGUGGUUUGUCGGUGGUCUUACUGCCUUUCAUUUAUACCUCAUAAGCACAAAUCAGACAACAUAUGAGAAUUUCAGAUACCGGUAUGACCGGCGAGUCAACCCAUACAACAAAGGAGUGGUACAGAACUUCAUAGAAAUAUUCUUUGCCUCUAUCCCUCCUUCGAAGAAUGACUUCAGGGCAAAGGUUCAGAGGGAGCUUGCAAUACCCGCCCGGCAUGCGUCCGGUGCUGGAUUCGUUAGCCCAAACAUGGGCAAGGCCGUGGAUGACAUAGAAAUGGGGAGGAAAGCAGUGUGGGGCGGUAGCGGCGACAUUGGGGCCCACGAAGGUGGAGGCGAAGACAACAACGAUGUGCUGAACAUGAAGGAGAUAAGAACAACCGUUGACGAAGGUGAUCGGGCGGCAGCAAUGCAUCCACGGCGGUCCAGCUGGGGGAGGAAAAGUGGGAGCUGGGAAAUGUCACCGGAAGUUCUGGCUUUGGCAUCCAGAGGAACCGGAGAACCGAACCGGGUGCGGGGCCCGGGCAUUGGAAGCAGCAGUAGCGGCUUGAGUGCGGUUAAACCGUGAUCGACCCUUGGGUGGGCCCCACUCGUGCCGAAGGAUUAUCUCUCUGCCCAUUGGAUCUUCUAUUUAGCAAUGUUUUGAUCUGGCUGUUGUUUAUUGUUGUUGUGGCAAGUGCUUGCUUGAUCCUUGUUUGUUCCCUGUAUUUUAUUCGGUGCCAAAGUAGUUUCUUUCUUUCUGCCUUGUUCUCUUCCCCCCACCCACGGUUAGUUGUAUGCAAUUUAGACUUUGGAGUGAUGGAUUUGCUUGCUUCUCAAAUAUUGGUGUCUGAAAUUAUUUGUGAUGAUUUAUGAAAUGACAGUAACUUAUCUCAUUG